GGCGGCCCUUCCUGCUCACUAGUCACUGUACUGACUGAUGCACUGUGAUGUACGAGUGAAUGAGUGCAGGCGGUGCAGCAGACACUUCAACGCAGAAAUGUUCCACUGUGACCUGCAGGCAGAGUUAACAACGAAGUGUGGAAGCUGUGGGCCCGGAUACAAAACUCCUUUGGACGCCAUGAGAGGCCCCAGAGAGGAGAUUGUCUAUGUGCCCUGCAUCUACCGCAACACUGACAUCCAGAAACCGGAUUACCUGGCCACUGUGGACGUGGACCCCUCUUCUGCCACCUACUGUCAGGUGAUCCACCGCCUGCCCAUGCCCAACCUGCGGGACGAGCUCCACCACUCGGGCUGGAACGCCUGCAGCAGUUGCCACGGCGACGCCACCAAGCGGCGCGACCGGCUCAUCCUGCCCGCGCUCAUCUCCUCCCGCGUCUACGUCGUGGACGUGGGCACCGACGCCCGCGCUCCCCGGCUGCACAAGAUAGUGGAGCCCACUGACCUGUACUGGAGGUGCGGCCUGGCGAACCCCCACACCUCGCACUGCCUGGGCAGCGGCCAGGUCAUGAUCAGCUGCAUGGGAGACCCCUCGGGCAAUGGCAAGGGAGGGUUCGUGCUGCUGGACGGGGAGACCUUCGAGGUGAUUGGGAACUGGGAGCAGCCGGGAGACGCCGCCCCCUUCGGCUACGAUUUUUGGUACCAGCCGCGGCACAACGUCUUGAUCAGCACGGAGUGGGGCGCCCCCAAGGCCCUGGCCAAUGGCUUCAACCCCGAAGACGUCAAAGCGGGGCUUUAUGGGCGGCGGCUCAACGUGUGGGACUGGACGACGCACAGGAGGGUGCAGUCCCUGGACCUGGGGGAGGAGGGCGCCAUCCCGCUGGAGGUCCGCUUCCUGCACGACCCGGCCGCGCCGCAGGGCUUCGUGGGCUGCGCCCUCCACGCCGCCGUCUUCCGCUUCUACAAGACGCAGAAGGGAGACUGGGCAGCAGAGAAGGUCAUCAAAGUCCCCAAUAAGAAGGUGGAAGGAUGGAUUCUACCAGAGAUGCCAGGACUCAUCACCGACAUCCUGAUCUCCCUGGAUGACCGCUUCCUGUACUUCAGUAACUGGCUGCAUGGGGACAUCCGCCAGUACGACAUCACCAACCCCAGGGAGCCCAGGCUCGUGGGCCAGGUGUUUCUGGGGGGCAGCAUCGUGGGUGAUGGACCUGUUAGAGUACUGGAGGACAAAGAGCUGGAAAAACAGCCGCCCCCUCGUGUGGUCAAGGGCAAGCAGGUCCAGGGCGGGCCGCAGAUGAUCCAGCUGAGCCUGGACGGGAGGAGGCUGUACGUGACCACCUCGCUGUACAGCGGCUGGGACAAGCAGUUCUACCCCAGCAUGGUCAAGGAGGGGUCGGUCAUGCUGCAGGUGGACGUGGACACGGUCAAGGGCGGCCUCACGCUGAACGAGAACUUCCUGGUCGACUUUGGCCGGGAGCCGGACGGCCCGGUUCUGGCCCACGAGGUCCGCUACCCGGGAGGUGACUGCAGCUCGGACAUCUGGCUGUGAGGCUGCUCGCCGCUCGCUGCCCCGAACGCCAGCAUUCCCAUCCUCCUCCGUGCCUCGCUGACGUCAGCCGGAGACGUGGAUCUCCACAAGGGCUUCUCCACCCAGGAGCCUCUCCGUCUCCCCGGGUUUUUAUCCUUCCAGCUGAGCUCUCAAUCACAUCAUCAUCGCAUCGAUAACACGCUUAACACUUCUGUGAGCAAAGCAAAUCACACCGUAAAACCCUUUAAUGCAUGUAGAUCACCAUACACAGAUCUGCCAAAUCUCAGAUGUUCUGCAUUAUUCUGCUAUUUUCACUUUGUUAUUUCCAUCUUUAUACACAAACACAAUUCUUUAGCAAUCUGCAGGAAAUAAAGCCAUUUAGGUUUGAGUUAAUAGUCAAUCCUCGCAGAUCUGAGUUCUGUAGUACAAAAGUAACCUCUGAGCUUUAUAGGCCAGUCGAGUUGGACAAAUGUUAGUGAUGAUGAGGACGAAUCUGAUUGAUUACCUGCUAUGUUUCGCUUCGGCUGCUCUUAUACAGUUGGCCAUGAUUGGGUUUUUGAUCAAAGGUCUUUGAUCCUGUUUUUAAAGACUGAUCACAGGGAAUUAGACAUUGCUAAAUGCCAAGCCUGGUUCCUUCUGAGCCAAGCAAAGGUGUAUAAAUAGGAAUUGUUAUAAUCAAUUAGAAAUGCGCUAGUAAGUGGUUGAUGCUUAUAAUCACUUGUGGUUGGCUUGGACUGCCGCCCAGCAGUGUAUAUUGCACCCAGAAGGAGGUGGAACGAAUGGAUGAUACUGUAUUUCUGGGAUCAGGAUGACAUUCCAGUGUUUGUUGAGACACCUUUUAGUAAAUCCAAACUUGUUAUGAAAGGUACCAUUUCCAGCUACGUUUUAAACUAAUUAAAACAUAAUUGCAUUUAAGAUGAUUAAUUAAAAUGUGGGCUUAGUCAGGGAUUCCAACGAAAUGCCCAGGAGCUCAGCUGGAGUUAAAUCCCUGUUGGAACGAUCCUAGUCUGUAGAUUCCAGUACAAAUCACAUUCCAUUGCCAUAUUUCUAUAACAGUCUGUUCUUUAUAUCCUCGUCUUUCCUUGUCCUGUUCAACCCUUUCUUUACUGGAUCACAGGCGGAGGUAUUUAAUCCACCUCCGAACACGUCAUCAGAUUUUCCUUCCAGUUCUGCUGCAGGUGCACAACAUCCCUGGUGUUCUGCAUUUUCCAUGAUCGUUUUUCCAGCCACGUGCUUUCCUUUCAAAAUGAAGUUUUAUUUCUUGUCAUUUAGUUCCAUUGUAGCAGACCCUAUUAACUGUACCUGGUAGAAUCUUUAUGAUUAUUUCCUAUAAUUCUGCAGCAAUGCACUUGUUAAUGUAGUGUGUGCAAUACAUCUGUUCUGUUUGAAAAAAAUAUCGUCAGCCGUCUUCAUUCUACAACUGGUGAAAAUUAAAUAGUAGUUUUAAAUGUU